CUUUUGACAAAGGCUUUGUUUGGGUCUUUUAUAAGCUUUAUAAUAAUACAGACUACAGACUGUAUUACAGUUCUCCCGUGGCUUAUUGUUGGACCGUGAGCCGCAUGUCUGAUACUGAUAGAUUCUGAUAGACUACGUUGCUGCAACCACGUACUAGCAUAUGUGCAACGGUUUGGGAAGGAAACGAUGCGGCUAUUCUAACCGCUCCUAGCGGGUGCCAGGGCAGCCUCGAAACUCUCGAUUGAUGUCGAGUCCACGGCAGCAUUGUCCAGUUGGUUCCAAGCAAUAUCAAUUAUUGUUCGUGGGAAGAAUGAUUAUUUAUAUAUUAUAUUGAACUGUGUUCCGCCGAGGCACAUGUCAGACAUGUCGUGUCAGAGCAUGCUUCUUAAUUAAUGUUCUUAUUCAUCGAUUUCUCUGCCUCAUUUACAAUUAACGCCUGGAUCAUGCAUUAAAAUACAAUUAUCAACAUUAUGAUUAGAUAUAUAAGUGGCAUAUCACGAACAAAUAAUGGGUUUCCCACAGCCGAGCAGAACCGAACCGUUUCUUCCUUUUUUUUCCCCCUCCGGACAACUUGUUGUCAUAGAAACAAUCACGUGACGAACGCAGCAUCAAGUAUGGCGUCCUUUAAGAUGCUGAGCGCUUCGACUGGCAGUGGCUCAAAAAUAUAUUUAUGGUAUUGGUAGGUUUAAAUAAAAAUGACCAUUUUAAGUCUUUAUAUUUUUUUAGGAGUGAGUUUUCUCAUUGUUCCAACGGAAACAAAGUGGAUAGAGGGUACCAUUAAGACUGAAUCGGUAAGUUUGAAUUAUAUUUAUUAAAUAUAAUAUUAUUUAUAUAAAAAAUAUUAUUUUUAUAUCAAAACGAUUGAUUUCAUUGAUUCACUUUGAUUUUGUUUGUUAUGCAUUUAAAUUCAUUUGAAUUGUUAAUUGAUUUAUUGACCCUUGAUUUAUUUGCUGAUUUAUCUAUGGAAAAUUUACACCAAGGGCCUGUGUAACCAUUUUGAUGAUUUUGACAGAUGCCGAUGCACAGCGCCGGCACACAUACUCAACUCAUACAGAUACAUACACUCUCAUACAUUAUAAUACAUACAUGUCUAUAUUCUUAUACUUAUACUAUACUUAGUCAUAGUAGUAAAUCAUGAUCAUGAUUAAAUUAUAUGUAAAUCUUAUAUUAAUACACUACAAGUUUUUAAGUAGGAGAUAGGCUUAAUUAAAGUGCCUAGACAUGAAACUUGUCUAAACAAUAUAUUAUAUAAUAGAAAUUAUAUAUUAUUGAAGUAUUGCCCAUUCCUUUGACUAUUUUGAUGUCUUUAUUGUUUAUUAAUAUAUUAACUAACAUAAGUAAUAUUAAAUAAAUAGGCCUAUUACUAUUACUUAUGCCUCAAAAUAUGUAUAGUAAUUAUAAUUAUAAUUAUAAAAGCAUACUUAUAAUGGAUUUGAUUUUCUUCAAAAUCCAAACUGCAUGGAGACAAUAAGUUUACAAGAUUUCUUGUUAGUAGAAUAAUCAAUUUCUGCAAAAGCUACUUUGAUUAAUGAUGUUUCCUUAUCAUGUCAAAAGGGCUAUACAUAAUGCAUAAUGCUGUAACCUACUACUAUUAUUUUUGACACACCAUAAAUUUGUCAUUCAAAUAUUUUCCAAUAAUUUUCAGUACAAAUUUCAUUGGGCUCACGUAUUAUGUUUGACUUUUAGAGGGAAUGAUAUAUUGUAAACAGAAAAUGAGAAAAACAAAUUUUGAGAAUAGGAAUCUUUUGAAAAUUAUACUUAUACCCUACUUGUCAGAAGUAUUUCUCAUUUAAGGAUUUUAACUCAUACUAUAUUGUCUAUAUUAUAUCAGUGUAUUUUAGUAUUUUUAGUUAUUCAUUCUUUAACCUGCAAUAUUUCAAGAUGCUAAUCAAUUUUGUGAAUUGGUUAGCUCUUUCAGAUAAGAGAAAAAUAAUUUUCAAACACAUUAUUUGUGAUGCAGAAAACAUGGGCAUCUGCAGAAUUGGGGGGGGGGGGGGGGUUGCCGUAAAUUACUAACAAGUAUUGAUAAAAUCAACUCAACUAAAAGUUUAUUUAAUAUUUAUUAGGACUUAUGGAACUGUCAGACAACGUUUAGACAAGGAAAUUAUGUGAUUCCUUUAGUUUUUAAUUACUUAUUAUCCAACUAACGCUCGCAUCUUUGACUGCCCCCCCAUCCCCCUGUGACUGUAAGACUAACCCUCCCUACUAAAAAACCUGCGGGCACCCAUGGCAGGAAAGUAAACCUUUGAUGGAUAAUUUUUUUUAUCUUAGCUAUUUAAGAAAAAGAGUGGGGAUGGUGGGAAGAGGUAGAGAAAUAGGGCUUUGUUUAUAUCCUCAAUGGGGAUGGGUGGUGGAUGGGCCAUGUUUAACCCAAGCUUGUGAUAACCUGAACAUUUUGUGAAAUACUAUUUUGCAGAUGAAUAUAUAACAAUUAUGAAUUGCCUAAGCUUACUUCAUGGGUCUUCUCAGAAAAGGGUCACCUUAGUACAUUAAAAGAGGCUCACAAUUACAGGUGUCAAUUUCUGGUCUUUUUUCAAAUUAUGAAUAUAAUUUUUUUAAAGAUAAUUUUUUAUUCUCAAAUGAAGAUUAUAUUUGUGUUUUAUUCUUCAACUGAUAUUAAAACACAUACAAAAAAACAUGUUAGCAAUUUUAGAGUUUUAAUUUUUCAGAUCAUUUUGAAAUUUCAUAUUACUAUAUGCAUGACGACAGAUGGGUAUUAAUUUCUUGGGGCAUUAACUUCUGGCUUAUUUUACACUUGACCUUUUACCUUUCUAAUGCUGAAACUUUAGCAUUCCCUUUGACAAUGGCUAUUAUUAGAGUUUCAUAAAAAGAUGUUCAAAAAUAUAAUGUAAAAAGCUCAGAUUACUGGACCUGAACCUAAACCAUUUUCAAGAUUUACAGAAAACAAUAACAAAUAUUAGAAAGUAGCACAACUAUUUCUUGACAUCUACCUGGAGCCAUUCAAAUGUGACAAAAUGAAUAACUUAUCAAUAAUAAAUGUGUACAAUUAUUUAGACUAAAUAAUUUCAGUAAUUUUAAGUUGCUUUUAUUUAACAUAUGUUGUCUUUUCGCAUUUUUUUUGGUUCUUUAAUUCUAUUUAAUAUAAGCAGCAUAAAAUCUAUUUUUUUUAAAACAGGAGGAAAAACAGAUGAAAGAAAAUAAAGAAUUUCAAUUGGCCUUUCCCUGUACAUCAAUAUAAAUUUUAUUUUACCACUGUAUCAAUUAGAGAUUUUUUUAAUGUUGGAAUUAUUUUUGAAGUUGAAAUAGAAAAGGAUUAAAUUAGCGAAGUGGCUAUUCGCACCCGGGUACCAGAAGUGAGAGGUUAGGAUUAAAAAACUAUUUAAAAUAUUAUUGUUGGGUUUGUAAGACAAAAUGGGAUAUCAAAUGAAAGAUAAUUGAAUGAACUAUAUGUUUGUAAACUUACUUUUUCAGUUUAACUAAAAUAAACUACCACAAAUGACAAAAAUAUUUAUUAUUAGUACUUGAUUUACAAAUUUACAUUGAGAAACAUUUAUCUCCCUCCAAUACUUUUGCAAUGAAGUGGGUUAUUGUUCUGUACACUAAUUUAGUUAUAAUUUUUUUCUUCUUCCUAUGCCAAUACAUGUUUUUUCAUGCAGAAUUUAAAGCUCUGGUGUAUAAUGGUGACCUCUUCAAUUAUUGACGAAGGCAAAAAUUACAGUAUCUAAUCAAUGAAAUGAUUUAUUGAUUAUUGUUUCUAGUGUUUGCUUUACAUUUUCUACCUUUCAGGAUUGGGAGUUUCUGACACGAUUUUGCUUCCUCACACAACAAGGAACACUGAGUUAUGAGUUUAAAUACCCAGUGGUGAGUUGCAUGUCUGAUGUGAACAAAAAAAACCAACUGAUUUUGCUACAAACUUCCUCUUGUUGUUAUGAAUUUCAAUAGGGAUCAAUAAAAAAUUGUAAAUGGAAUAUUUAUCUGGAGCUUGGUUCAUAAACAUUUUAUUGAAACCAAUCCUGCAUUUAAUCUAUUUGAUAAAUUUCACAAAAUAUUAUGAGAAAUACGAUUUUUUUUUGUAUACUAUGCUUUAUAUUUUUUAAAAUUCACCAUUUUUAAACAAAGCCAGCAUCAGCUGUCAAGUGUUUUGUGAAAGCAUCCUUUAAAAAAAAAAUUUUUAAGUUUUAUAUUUUGCAUAUUUAAUAUGAAAAAUAGAUACCCGCUUAAAACUUGAAUUUUAUAUAUUGUAUUAAAUAAUUGUUUCUUUAAUGUAUAUAUUUAAAAAAAAUUCUCCUCUAAGGAAUAUGGAGCCCAAGAUCUGCUCCUGUACUAUGAUACACCUGGACAGUGGGAUUCUGUGUACCUACGUGGCAAAGUAAGGUGGCUCAGACUGGGGCGUGGUUUGGGUUUGAUAAUUGUGUAUUGGGCGCCGAGGGACGGUUUUAUCCAGCUGCAUGUGGUCUACUCUCUCUGAUCAGGUCUAUGUCUAAAAUCAUCACCUUAGUCAUGUAUCAUGGUAUGUCUUCCUGUGCAGGUAAAAUAAAUCAAUAACUUUUUUUUUUAAAUAUCACGUCCAUCAUGAGCUGGAUUGCUCAAUGUUUGUCGGUAGCACGCCAUUUAUUAAAACCUACAUCUUCUUUGAGCCCUCCACUUACACUAAGGUUUUGUGGCAGGUUCAGUUAAGAAAAAAAAAUAAAAUAAUAAUAAGAGGUCUUAUAUAGCGCGGUACCCCAGCUGUACAUACAAAUUUUAUCAAAAAAGACAUAAUCAUGACAUUAAAAUAAAAUACAUUUAUGAAAUAAAGAACAGCAAUGUAUAUUCACCCACCCCACCACAAAACUUUUACAAGGCAAACUAUGGACGGCAGCCAUCAAGAUCGUUUAUCGGUCAGAGGAGGGGAAUCAGUCAGGGUAGUAUAAUUUAAAUAUAGUGCCACAAUUCAUAGAAAUUAAAGUGUUGCCCCAUGUUAUCUUUAAAUUUGUUUUAUCUCUUCUCUAUAUUCUUCUGCUUGCAAAGGGCUUAAAUUUAAACUUGUCAUCACUUAGGUUUAAGGAAAUAAAAUUAGCAAUGAACUUGUUGGUUUGAUUAUAAAUUACUAAUAACACAACAGUUUGGGAAGCACUGCUCCUACUCAGUACACACAGACUCACAUUGACUCUGUCAUGCAUGCUGUUUAAUGAGUCAACAGUUUUUCAAGUUCUUUAGGCUGGCUAUUGGGAGUGAUGUUUGUAUUACUGAUCAUAUUUACUGUAUCAAUAAAUGUGCAGAGAACCGUAACUGAUUUAAAUUCUGCAAUGUCUGACACAAUCUUGGUUCCAUUUUAAUAGCUUUGAAUUAUCCUCCUAGACCAGGCACACCGUAGCUUUGAAUUAUCCUCCUAGACCAGGCACACCGUAGCUUUGAAUUAUCCUCCUAGACCAGGCACACCGUAGCUUUGAAUUAUCCUCCUAGACCAGGCACACCGUAGCUUUGAAUUAUCCUCCUAGACCAGGCACACCGUAGCUUUGAAUUAUCCUCCUAGACCAGGCACACCGUAGCUUUGAAUUAUCCUCCUAGACCAGGCGCACCGUAGCUUUGAAGGAACUGUAAUGUUACUGGGGUGGAUAACUAAAAGUCAUUACUAUUAUAUAUUUUUUUUAUUAUUGUUCAUCCUUGGUAUGCGAAGAAUGAUCAAGGCUUCGACUUGAGAAGUAGCUUUGAUUUGAGAAGUAGCCUCGACUUGAGAAGUAGCCUUGACUUGAGCUGUAGACUUGACUUGAGAAGUAGCCUUGACGAGCUGUAGCCUUGACUUGAGAAGUAGCCUUGACUUGAGCUGUAGCCUUGACUUAAAAAGUAGCCUUGACUUGAGCUGUAGCCUUGACUUAAAAAGUAGCCUUGACUUGAGCUGUAGCCUUGACUUGAGAAGUAGCCUUGCUUGAGCUGCAGCCUUGACAUGAGAAGUAGCCUUGACUUGAGCUGUAUUGUGUUUAAAAAUGAGGGAGAGUUGCUCCCGUCAGUCUCACUCUUGCCAAUUUGUUAAAAUGGCGAAACGUAGGCAAGACAUUAUAAAAUAGACCAGGAUGCAGUUUCACUUGGCUCUUUAUGCAUUCCACCUUGCAGGAGUUGUUGGAAUCUUCAUUUCGUCUAUGGCAUACCACCUGUGUGGCUCCAUCCGUAGGUUUUAUUUCAGACUUUGUCUUCUGUUAGAUGAGUUGCCAUCCAAGUUUAGUAAGUCCCAUCUACCCGAGGGCCCUGGUUUUUUUUUUUUGUAAAGGCUUGAACUCCAGUCCACCAGCUUGGGAUUGACUCAGUUUAGGUGGCUCAGUCACCCAGCACACAAAGAAGUGGCACACAAGUACAAUGGCCCACAGAAUGAGGAGAAUGCUCUUUCAGGAGAUAAGACAUUGAUGUGUAAAAAUAAUGUUUUUAAAAUGAUUUUUUUUAAAGUAAUAAUAAAUUAACACCAGAAGCCCUGCAAUCAACCUGUCUAGCAACAUUUCAGGAGGUGGGGGGGGGUUAUUGAUUUGAUCUUGUCCACACACUUUUUAGAUCUGGGGAGUUAUCUGCACCCUAGGGGCAAGGGCUGUUUUUCUAGAUCAAACAUUCAAGGUGUUUUUGUUAGGUUGCUAUUCAUCCUUAAAAUAAUUGUGUUUGCCUGCCAGCUGAUCACAAGCAUGGUUCACUGACAAAAUAAAUGCGUGAGAUACUGAUUGUAAAAUACAUGUGGAGGUGUCUGCUCCUUGAUGUACUUGGCACCAUGCUGAUGUACUGGGCACUACUUUGGUGUACAGGUCUGUGUACUGCGUUUGCCAACCAGCUGAUCGCAAGCAUAGUUCACUAACAAAAUAAAUGCAUGAGAUACAGAUUGUGAAAUAUAUGUGGAUGUGUCUGCUCCUUGAUGGGCUUGGCACUAUGUUGAUGUUUUUUAGGCACUACUUUGGUGUACCAGACUGGGUAUUGUGUUGAUGUACUUGGCAUCUUGUUGAUGUGCCAGGCACUAUGUUGAUCAAGCCAUUUUUAUUUAUGUAACAUCACAUUUUUCUGUUAUUCCAGAAUUGCUCUGAAAGUAUGUCUGUUCUCAAUCCUGAGAGUAAUCAGAUCAUAACCCUCUCAACACGCGGUUCUGGGACCUCAGCGUAUGUCUGACCAAUGUAGUCAUAUCUAAUUGAACAUAUUAUUUUGAUUCAUGAUUGGAGAAAAGCAAAUUUUAGUAUUAUACAAAAAAAAAAUCUCUGUUAUUUAUUACAGUUAUACAAUUUUUCUUUAUACAAGCUCAGUAUAUUUUGUAAAAGACAACACCAAUAUAUUUGGACUUUGUGUGUAACAUUAAUUUUAUCCUGUUAUGAAUAAAUUCUAUGUUGGAUUCUGAAAAUGUCAAAGUGAAGAAAACAGAAUUUUAGAGUAGCACAACGAAAAAUUAGACAUAAUUUUUGGAAAGAAACUUGUUCUCUGUAAAAUUAUCUUAAUUCAUGUCCUCUUAAAAUAGAAAAGGAAUAUUGGUGUGUAGCAUAUGCCCAGCUUUCUCUCCCUUGGAUCCAGGCAAAAUCACUGUUUAUAUGUUUAAAUGUUACUUCACUUAUUCAACAACUCAAUUCCUUUAUAAUAACUCAUGGAUAUAUACAUAAUAGUUAACUAUUUAUAUAAAUAAUACCCAUGUUAACACUAUAUUUAAGUGAAUUUUUUUUGUCUCAUAUAACAUUCUUUAAAAAAUUAUAUUUUUGAACAAGAUUUUGAAAGGCUACCAUGAAGAAAUAGUUCAAGAAACUUCAGUCAACUCUGUUAAUAGUGCAUUUCUGCAAAGGGGGGCUUUAGAGAUUCCAUACCAAUCAUUUUAAAAUCUUUUAUUUAUUAAUUAUUUACAUUACAUACAUUUUUUAAAAUGAUUCAAUUUUAUACAAUGUAAUCAUUUUUGCCUGCACGACAUCAAAAUGAAGAUGAAAGCAAAUUUUUAUUGAUUUAUCUAUCAUUUUAGAUAAGGUUUCAGAUUUAGAAACAUGAAAUUUUCAUAUCUUGUUUCUAUUUUGGUUUCUUAAUCUUUUUAGAUAAAAAAAGUGUGAACGGUGAAUUUGUGCCUUCAAGCCUAUAAUCUUGUUUGGUAACAUAAUUUAAUCUUGGAAACUGGAUGAUAAAAGUUUACUUUGUUAAAAAUAAAACCACAGAGUUAUUCUCCACUCUCAAACUCAUAAAACCACAGGAGGAUACUCCACUUUCAAACCUAUAAAACCACAGAGUGAUUAUCCAUUCUCAAACCCAUAAAAUCGCAAGGUGAUUCUCCACUCUCAAACCCAUAAAAUGACAUGGUGAUUCUCUACUCUCAAACUCAUAAAACCACAGGGUGAUUUUCUACUCUCAAACUCAUAAAACAUUUGUAUUUUAAAAUUCCUUUCCAGAGUUUUUUUUAAUCACUUAAGGCCUAGUUAUUUUAAUAUGUGAUGCUAUAUUUUGAAAUCCUUAUCAUUUCCAGAUUUUCUGGUUGUGAGGUGGUAAAUACUGGCAUAAAACCAUGGUUCCAUUGUAGGAGCAGACGCAGCUUCAAGUCCUCUAGAGAAAGGUGGUGGUACAUGGCUAUAGCAAGAUGUGGUCCACCUUCUGGUCAGGUCAGAACCUUAUUAUAUUAUACAUUUAGCUGGUGAUGUAUGAAGGGGAAGCUGGGGUAAUGGUGGUUCCAGCAAAAUUAAUUUAUCAUUUUUAUUUUGUUCAGGUACAAAAUAAAUAGCAAGAAUUACAUAUACAUUUUCAAGUAAUUAAAAUGACUCAUUUAUUAAACUUAAUAAUUUUCAAAGCUAAGGGUUUUCAUAACAACUUUAAUGUUUUAAUGUUAAGGUCAAGGGCUUGUAUUUGGAGUACAAAGUGCACAUGACAAAUGGAGAUGACCUCCUUCAUAGAGAAUUUUCAGCAGAUGAGUUCUGUAAGUUUUUUAUUCACCACUAUUUACUUUGGGGAAAACAACUUUAUUAGUGUUUACAAUGUACAAGCAGAUCACAAUGGAAGACCGAGAAUAAGAUGGACUGAUAAUGUAGAGCUGGAUUUACAUCUCUUGGGAGUCCAUUCAUGAAGAUAAAAAGACAAGGAUUGGUCUAAGUGGAAGGAUGUGAUGAACCAGACCAGAGCUCUCCAUUGGCUAUAGCAUGAUUGAAGAUGAUGAUGAAUAUACAUUUUGCAAUCCACUAAAUAUACAGUUGCUAAUUGUAUCAGUUUUUAUUUGCAUAACGGAUAUUUUUUUAUCUAUAUGAAAUUUUAGAAAUCAGCUUUGUGGUCCAUUUGGAUUUAGUCAAAAGAUGAGAUGCAAUAAGAUGCAUUUAUUGAUCCAAAGAAAUGGAAGUUUGUUUUCAUUACAUUACUUAUAUUGUUUUAAUUCAUUAAAGUACUAGUCUGAUUUUUUUUUUUUUUUUUUUUAAUUUUAACUUGUCUGUAGCAAAGUGUUAGUUGAAACAUUGUGAAUGUUUUGUCAGAAUAACUGUGAGAUAUAUGUGUUCUUGUAUGUAUGUUGCUAUUCUGAAAAUAUUAUGGGCCUUUUGUUAGAACAAAGUUCUCUGCUUUUUUUCAAGAUCAUGGAUAAUCCUAAUGUCUAUUUCUGACUUUGUGACAAUCAUAAUGUCAGUGUCUGACUUGUCUUUGUGACAAUCAUAAUGUCUGUGUCUGACUUGUUUUUGGUGGGGUUUUUUAAUCCCACUGUUUGCUUCCCAGAUGGUGGAUGUGUAUAUUUUUUGGUUGAUGCCUACAUAAAUGUCUAAAAGUUCCAUUUAAACGUUAUUCAUGAUAUAAAUACAAGACUAUCAGUCCGAAGCAUAAAUAACACUUACUACUAUCUUGCUACCAGUUAAAAAUGAUUCCUUGUCUUAUGAAAAAUAAAAGCAAUGGUGAAUGGAUUUAAAUUUCACACAAAAGAUGCGAUAUUAAAAAUAAAAAUAAAACAUUUUUCAGAUUUGAGACUGCGCGUAUGGAAUAUUUGUUUUCUUGACCCACAUGGAAAACUUCUCUAAACCAUAACAUCUUAGCAACACUGAAAAAAGUAACCAAGAUGGCUGAAAACAAAACAAAUUCUUUAAGUUUUGCCAUGAAGCUUCUCAGAUGAUUAAGUCCUCCAAAUACAUAAUACAUACUCAGGAACUCAGCAAUUACUCAUACAGCACAAUUGCCACAGACUAAUUUUAAGGAACAACGGAAAACUCAAAACUAGUAUUUUGAGGACUGAAAAAAUAUAUGUACAAUGAACAAAAAGAACAAAUUUCCAUUUAUUUGGAUCCCUAAAAGUAUCUUAUGUUAUAAUAUGAUAUUUUUUUAUCUUCAAUCCCCAGAUAUCCUGCCUGUGGACAUAACUUUCUUCUUAAUGUACAUAAUUAUAUGCAUAUUGUCCCUCAUUUGUGCUGGUAUGUAUCUGUUUAAUCAUGUCAUAUUCAGGUCUCUUAGUACUUAAAUUACUUCUUCUCUAGCAUUUUGCACAGUUCAGACCGAGUAAAUUUUUACUCUACCAACAAUGGCGUAGAAAAAUUAAAAAUUAGUUUUCUAGGAUUAAAUUCCAUAUACAUUGGCAAGUACUUUCUAUCCAAAAAUGUUUUUUAUAGCUUUGCACAGCUGAUUGGCUCAAUAGUACUUCAUUUUUGUUCUAUAGAAAAAUCUUUUACUUACUUUUUAAAAGAUUUACUGUUACAGAACAAAAGAUAUUUGCAUAUUUUUCAAAUAAGUUUAGGAAAUUCUUAUGAUGAUUUAGACAUUUUAAAGACUAGUUUCACAUAAUCUGCAGCUGUCCUUCGAAGGCGGCAGCUAUUUCACACAACCUACAAACUUUAUUUGGCUUCCAUUUUUAUUUGGACACUACAUCUACUUCUGAAGGUGAUAGCAUGGGGAUAUUAUGGGACCACUGGCUGGGAAGCAAGACCCCUUGAAGUUACAGGUCAGGUAACCUUUUAGUUCUGCAAACAAGCUUCAAGUGAAAAUAAAUUUCUAAAAUACUAUUUUAAGUGAAAAAAACCCACCAUAAGCCUCUAACAACGCUGAAACUUAUCAUAUAAAAACCAAACUAAAAUAUAAGGCAAAUUUAAAAUAUACCAAACACUAAUUUUUAAAGAUUUUAUUGGUGUUUGUGAAGAUAAGAUGGUGCUAAUAUCCACUCAUUAUUAUAUUCUUCAACAACAAACUUUAAAGAAUGGAAUUAAAUAUAGGCAUACCUGUACAACAAAUAUAAAAAUUGCAAUUUUUAAAAUGUUUGAUUCAAUUGAACAUGAAAGUGCCUGCAAAAUGAAAAAUUCAAUAGUUAAACUUAAUUAAUUUAGAAUGAUGUUAAGUCAUUUAGAAUUUUUUUGUUGAGCAGUGGUUUGGACGGUGCUCUUUUGUUAAAUAAUUUCAAUUUCUGCAAUAAAUUUUAUUAAAAGAACAAGAUGCAAGCAUAAUUAGGAUGUCUAACGACUCUUUAUAUCAUUAGAUAUAAUGUUUUACAUUUCUAUUUAUUUUCCCUAACAAAGUCUAAUAUCAUACACAGGACGCAUACUUCAAAUGGCGAGCACCAUCGUUUUCAUCUUAAUGCUCAUCCUGAUGGCAAAAGGCUUCACCAUCACACGGGGACGUCUCACUAGAAUUAGCACCAUUAAAAUAACAGCUUUUUUUAAUGCCUUCGUUGUUGUCAUCGUGGUGCUCUUCAUUUGGGAAGGCUUGGUAUGUAAGCUCUUUUGUGUUCUAUAAAUAGCUGUGAAUAGCACUUGUAGUGCAGUGGUAACAUUUUCAAUUUCCUCAUCAACAAUGAAGCAGCAGGUUGGAAUUCAUCUGGUGUAACACUUAUCAAUAGAGAAAUAUGUGGGUGGAGUUUAACUUAAGUAAAAAAUAACUAUUUUGUAUAAGAUAUCUGAUUGAUUCCAUUCAUACUUGGUUUUUUUUUACACCUCAGCCUCAUAUUUUUAUUUAUUAUUUGCUGAGUUGGCUCUAACAUUUCCAUUCAAACCAUGCCUUUUCAGUUGUUUGACCCUGGCCUGGUGUUGUAUUAUUAUGAGUCCCCACCAGGUUAUGGCAUAGUCUCUAUGCACCUACUCGGCUGGCUCUGGUUCCUCUAUGCCACUGUCUUUACACUGAAGCACUCGUCAAGUCAGAACCAGUUUUACAUUCCAUUUUUUGCUUUUUACACCCUAUGGUGAGUACCAGGUGCUGUGUUGUCAUUAUUUUGUACCGGUACAUCCAAUAUAUACUUUGUCACACAAUGCCUUGUAAUAUUUAGACAUAAAUUAUUCUUAUGAAAUAUAGAUUUUAAAAAAUUUAGUUUACAAAAUUCACAUUUUAUCUUUUAAAUAAUUUUCAUUCAUCAUCGAGCCUCUUGGUCAAUGCAUGAAAUAUAUCAUGAAUUUAAUGAGAACAAAAAAAAAUAAAAAAAUAAAAACACUUUCAUGAUAGGUGUCAUUGUUUCCAAUAUUUUAAAUUUAUGCUAUGUGUUUCUAAACUUAUCUGUAGUCCAUUCACUGCAGGUAAAAGAACCGGAUAAGAACCUGAAAUAAGCCUAGAUAUUUAUUCUAAAAAAAUAAACAGAUUUUCAUAAUGAUUUCUAGCAAUGCCAUUUAAUAUGAAGACAACACAAAAUGUCUAUUGAGCUAGAUCUUUAUAGUUUGUCUACAUGUAUUUGUCUCCAUUUAGUUCAUAUGAGGCUUCAGUUUCAAAAAUUAUAAUUUUGUUACAUAAAUACUGUUAUUCUCUAUCCCCAGGUUCUGGGCUGGUCCUAUCAUAGUUCUGAUUGCAAUGUUUGCCAUGGCCAAAUGGAGCAGAGAGAAGACUGUCAAUGGAGUUGAGCAAUUUGUUGGCUUCUGGGGACAUAUUUUCUUUCUGGUUUGUCAUUUCUUUUUAUUAUACUAAUGACUUUUAACACAUUUAUUUCAAACUAAGAACACAUACAAAAAUUACCUCAUCAGAUUUAGCUGCACCUACCAAAAUAAGUUUAAUUUUAAUUAGAAAUAAUUAGAAUUUUAUAUUUCUCAAUUUAGCAUAUUUUUAUUGUAAUUUCACUGACCUAUUUCUAACGUUAUUUUAAUUUUAUUUGUUAUUUUCAUAUUCUCAUAAAGGCAUUAACAAGACCUAAUGCUGCCAAUAAGAAUUUUCCCUAUCAUGUUCGGACUUCACAGGUAAAAUAUUGUACACUUGCUAUGACUUAAAUUUUUGGACACCAAUUUAUAAUUUAAAAACACAUUUUUAGCAUUACAAAUUAUUUUUAAAUAAAGUCAUUUAAGUCAUACAAAAAUUAAUUAAAAGUACAUUUACUAAAUAAUAAUCUUAAAAUAAGAAAAGGGAAAAUCAAAUAGUCUUUUUAAGACACAAAUUAUUGUCUUAAUUUAAGGAGCGUUCCUUAAAAUAAUGUAUGUGUAAAUAACUAUCCAUUGUUUUAAAUAUGAAGUCAUAAAUAAUUCUCAUUUGAUUUUUGUAAAUUGAAAUCAUUUUGUUUAUUGGAAUUCAUUGUAAUUUUUGUUAAAUUCUCCUAUAAAUAUAAGUAUCAUAUAAUUUAUUGUUAUUAAUUUACCGUUUGUUAUCUAAUAUUAAGUUGUUGUUUUGUUAAAUGCAUAUCAGAUUGGAUUUCUGGACACAGCUGACUUAGAAAAGAAAAACAAUCCGUACGUUGUCAGUUCCCGGGUGGCAUUCUCAGGAUCUGGGCCAAACUUGGAGUUCUUCAUUACCUCUAAAACAUCUGACAGUGGAGGACAUGGUGAUAAUGCUUUCUUUCCUCCUAUUGCUACAGAUAUGGCUGUGUCUAAGGAAUCACAGGGGCCUAAACUCAAAUAUGUAAGCUAAACAGAAUAAUGGAGUUAAGUGCAAAACAGUGAAACUACUCUCUGUCUAUAAUAUUAUAUAUUUAACAGUCUGGGUUUCAUUCCACCCUCAAUAUUUAAGAAGCCAAUGAAAUGCUUUUACUGAAAUAAAUUUUAAUAUAAAUUAAAUAUGUACAUAGUCAAUGGCUUUUGUCUAAAGCUACGCAAAUUGAUUUUUCCUUACUUAUGGAUGAACAACUAUAAAAUGAAUAAAACACAGGUUGGGGGGGGGAAGAAAAGGACACAAAAGGAGUGGGGGGGGGGGGGGUUGCAUAAUGCAAGUAAUGAAAACUGCUUAAAACAAAUUAUUUAAUAUUAGAAUAAGCUGCCAAAAAAUGGCAGUAGCAGUGCAUGAAUUAACUGUCCAUCUUAUAAAGUUACUUCACAAAAUAUGCAUUCAAGUAACACACUUUAAUGCCAACUUCUGGUAAUUUUUAUAUGCGCCUAUUGAACACAGUAUUACAGCCCUACAUGCAUGCCUAGAGAAUUUUCAUUUGUGAUUUGGCCUGGCAUUUAAGAACAAAAUUUUUUGAACGCUGCAUAUACCAGACACACCAUUCUAACACAAGGAUAAGUUAAAGAUUGUUGUUUUUACACCUUAUCAUAGCAUUAUUUAUUUGGUACAGGUCGGCCAGAACAUACCAAGUGUUGACAACAACAAUGAAGGUGUCAUCACUGUGAUCAACCCCAACAACAGCAUCAACAACAACAACACAUUCAGUGGAAAUACUGCUGCACUCACACCAAGUGAACAUCACAGCUUGACCCAUGAUUUAAAUCCUGGAAUGACGACUCUAGCCCCACUCAGGGGAGCCAGGUUGCCCCCCUUGUUCCCAUCUGCCCCUCCUGCCGGUGGAUUGCCAUUGGUCAGACCGCAAUGACUAUAAAGUGUAUUUUAAGAGAACGAGUCAUUGAACCUGCAUUAAUUCUUUAUGAACUCUUCAACAUAGUUUUGGAAAUGUGUAAUUUCUUUGCAAAAGUUUUUGCUCCUCCCUCAAAUUUUGCUUUCUCAGACCCAGUUGGAAAGCGCUCCAAUCUAGUCAUGUAAAGUCAUGUCAACAACUUCAAAGAUCAGGUGAAUCUGGUUAGGAGUAACUUACAGGUUUUUCAACAAGAGCUUUGUGAUACAAAUGGUUUGGAGACAGCAAAUUAUGGGCAAAAAUUUUAAAUGCUUUCAUUAAGAACUUUAAAAAAAAAAAUUAGCAUCUGUAUGACUUAGCAUGAAGAAAGAAUGAUGUCUAAAUAUAAUUCAUCAAAAUCUGAUGUGGAGCCUGCUCAAAUUGUAAAAUGAUACAAAAGAUUGUUUCCUUUCCUGGUAUCUUUAUGACUAUAAUUACCGUAUUUUUUGGCUUAUAACACGCCCCCGCAUAUAACACGCACCUAAAUUUAAGAAGGAAAUUUCAGGAAAAAAAACUAAACAUUAUAUUGGCAUAUAACACGCACACAUGAUUUGCCCCCUAUUUUCAGGGAGAAAAAGUGCCUGUUAUACGCCAAUAAAUACGGUAAAUCUGAAUAGUCAUUCUGUGUUUCAAAUAAUCAUAUUUUUUUAUUACUUAUUUAUAAAUUAAUAAUACUCUUCUUCAUGUCCCAGAUGACAGUUUUUGAUUGGUGCAUGAAAAUGUAAGAUUUUUCUAAGCUUAAUCAUGGUCUAAUCCUUUUUUAUUCUGUGGUUAUUUUUUUUUUUUAAACCUCAUUGUAACUUACAUUAAAUCUGUCUUCAUCUAGUCUAAACAAAUGUAGAUAUAGAUUUAGUUAAAUGUAGACCUUCUUGUUGAAUAUACCAUACUUACUUUUGAAAAAAAAAUUUGAGCUUUAAACUCUAAAUAUCACUUUCAACUAUAUAUUUCUAAAAUAAUCUCAUUCAGUGUAUUUUUUUUAUUUUGAACGAUGUUUGGCCAAUCAUCUUUAUGACAUCAUCCUUCGAUGGUCCCUGGAAUCAUUUUAAUUUAUAUUCAUUAUGUGUAUUACCAAUGGGUAAAAAUGCCUGGUGCUUAAAUGUAUCUAACCAGACAAUUGAAACGAUGAUGGCUACCUUGUUUAAAUCAUAUUUUAUCUCUGUUACAUUUGCUAUCAAUUUUUUUUUGUACUGUUACUUAUUGGAACAGGUUAUUUUUAAAAAAAUUUCAUGUAAAAAUCUUUAUAUAACCUUAUAUAUAUGAUUACCAAUUACAUCAUAAAGGCCUAGUUAAUACUUUUUAAUUAAAAAAAAAUAAGGUUGAUGAAUAAUAGGCCCCUAUACAUUAUUUUUUUAUGGAUUGUGACAUUUAUUUUUUUGGUCAAAAGUUAUAUUUGCAGCUUAAGUCAUUUGCACUGGCCAGCAAUUUACUGACUCCCAGCACCUCAAAUGUCUGUGCAGGACAACAUUUCUUCUCCUCCUCAUGUCUUUAGUCAGACUAACAGGGGGUUGUGCAAAAAAAAGACCCAAGAAAUAACUUAAACUCAAUAAACUUAAACAAUUAAAUUAAAUUUUAUUUUUCAUGAUAAAAAAAAAAAAGGCAAUCACAUUCCAUUGAGAUCUUGGUGCUUCAUGCAUAAACUUAUUUCUUAACAUUACAAGAAUAAUAUUUCUGAGCACACUGGGUUUUUUGUGUGGUUCUUUUCUUGCAAUGACGCCAAUGAACAGAGUUCUGAAUGUGUAAUACCUGGACGCUUCCAAAAGCUUGGCCUAAUUUUUUAUAUUCUUCUCUUUUCUCAGUGGCAAUGAAAACAAGAAGGUCCAGAACAAGUUCCAGAAUAAAAAUGUAGAAAUCUUCUGGAUAUAUUUUGUUUGGCUUAUUAACAUAAUUAUGUCAGUAAGAAUAUUUCCAUAGAAACAUAACUAUAUUGCUACAGAUUCUUUUUUUAAAUAACAUUUUUUUUAAAUUCUUAGAUUUUAAAAAUUAAAAAAGUUGCUCCAUAACAUUAAAACAUUUGUAACAUAUUCUUACUUUUGUGAAGAAUUAUUUUCAUAU